CAACCUCAGCUAAGGUCCCCAGCGGCGGCGAGGCGAUGGCGGCGCCUGUGACGGUGUACGGACCGAUGCUCUCACCAGCUGUGGCCCGCGUGGCGGCCUGCCUCCUGGAGAAGGACGUGCCGUUCCAGAUCGAGCCGGUGGACAUGUCCAAGGGCGAGCACAAGUCGCCGUCCUUCCUCAAGCUCCAGCCCUUCGGACAGGUCCCUGCCUUCAAGGACCACCUCACAACCGUCUUUGAGUCAAGGGCUAUUUGCCGUUACAUAUGCGACCAGUAUGCGGACUCUGGUAAUCAGGCCCUCUUCGGCAAGAAAGAAGACGGCGCGGUUGGCCGCGCUGCCAUUGAACAGUGGAUAGAGUCUGAAGGCCAGAGCUUUAACCCACCGAGCUUGGCUAUUAUCUUCCAGCUCGCAUUUGCACCGAUGAUGGGCCGGACCACUGACCUGGCUGUGGUUGAGCAGAAUGAAGCGAAGCUUGCGAAGGUGCUUGAUGUGUAUGACCAACGGCUGGGGGAGAGCCAGUAUUUUGCUGGUGAUGAUUUCUCCCUGGCCGACCUUGUGCACUUGCCCAAUGCAGAUUUCCUUGUGAACAGAACCAGCAAGGCUGGCUUGAUCACCGAGAGAAAGAAUCUUGCUAGAUGGUGGGAUGAUGUCUCGUCCCGACCUGCAUGGAAAAAGGUCACUGAGAUGCAGAGCACGCCGAGGCCCUCUUAGAGCUUUUUUUUGGGUUUCUUUGAGCAGCUUCUGAUGGCAAUUAGUUGCAUUCUCCUUGUUUUGUCAUCAAGUCCUUGUCUGUACCGUUUCCUGUUCUCUUAUUUAUCGGUCUUAAUUCUUGAUCUAUGUAUGGUUUGGAUCUGUUCUUCUGGUCCUUUAGUUUAUAUAAGUACCUACAAUUCUUC